GUGCCUCCUGCACGCCACACACACACACACACACACACACACACACGCCACGGAGUAAAUCAUCCAGUCGUGACCCCUGCCAGCCAGUGCCGCGGUUCAGAGAUAAGGUGCUGCCCACUACAGGAGGCAGUGCCUGGCCCCAGCUGCCAGGGCGAGACGGAGUCCAUAGCUGGUGAGGCCACUGAGCAGGGCAAGGCCGGGCCCUGCCCGAAAGGACACCAGAGUCCUUCACCGGCCCCUGUGCCUCAGAGCCCACAGGGCUCUCCUGCUGGCCCCACCAUGACAUCAGAGCCUACAUCACCUCCAGUGGUGCCACCUCUCCACUCCCCCAAGUCCCCUGUCUGGCCCACUUUCCCCUUCCACCGGGAGGGCAGUAGGAUCUGGGAACGUGGUGGUGGUAUCGCUCCUCGGGACCUGCCCAGCCCUCUGCCUACCAAACGGACCAGGACAUACUCAGCGACAGCUCGAGCCUCGGCCGGCCCCGUGUUCAAGGGCGUCUGUAAGCAGUUCUCCCGCUCACAAGGCCAUGGCUUCAUCACCCCGGAGAAUGGCUCCGAGGAUAUCUUCGUGCAUGUUUCUGACAUCGAGGGGGAGUACGUCCCCGUGGAAGGCGACGAGGUGACCUACAAGAUGUGUCCCAUCCCACCCAAGAACCAGAAGUUUCAGGCCGUAGAGGUGGUGCUCACUCAGUUGGCCCCUCACACUCCCCACGAGACAUGGUCUGGCCAGGUCGUGGGAUCCUAGGCAGGUGGGGGAGCAUGCCCAUGAGGAGGCAGGCAGCAGCCCGUUCUGUACUCCCACUGUGCUGCUGACCAGCCCUUGGGUGUGCUCGUUUGUCCGUCUGUCUGUGCUUUGUGGCCGUGAAUGUGUGCUUCUGCCCACCUGUGACCCAUGACUUGUGUGAUCUGGCCUAGGGUUGGAUGGAGUGCAGCCACCAGCCCUGCCUUGGCCCGUCUCUCCUUCCUCCAACCCUGCCACGGAAACACACGACCUUCUUGCCCUCUUACCUAUAUACCGUGGGCCUGCGUCGUGUUCUUGAGAACCUAGGGAGACCCCUCUCCCAUGAGCCUGUUCCUCACUGCUGUCCUCAGACCCACUCAGUCUGGUUCCUAGCCCUGUCUGCUUGUGCUCCUGUCUCCUAUGCUGGACCUGGGUGUCUGCUCUGGCCUGGAUGCUUCCUCUCAGAAGCCAGGCCUCUGAGUACUUUGUAGGGGCCUCCCACUUUAGGGAGGAAGCAGACAAAACAUGGUUCAUGGCCAGCCUGUGCCAUAACUUAGCUCAUCUUCCUGACGCCAUCUUUACGGUGCCCUGGAGGGAACAUGGCAUAGCCAGUCCUCUCUCCUCAGCCGGCAGAGGCUACUUUGAACCCCAAAAAGCUAGGUUCCUUCACGAGCUGGAAGAGCCAAGCUUAUUCUGUCCCCAAGGUGAGGAGGGGACAUGAUUUCCUCCAGUUUGGACAGAACCAUCUCUUCUGAGUGAUGCACAAGCUCUGUGGAUGCCCUGCCCAGUGCUGGCCAUGACAGCGGCUGAGGAUGCAGCGGUGGACUGACAUACCACCUCAGGCAAGGCCAGAUCCAGGCACCCAAAGGAAUGGUCCUCAGUCAGGGAGACCACUGGCCUUGCCCACCCCCACCCCUCAAAUUAGACCCUCUUCCCAAAGUUAUACAAUGGUUCCUAUAGAUCCCUGACAGGUCGGUAGCUGAAAUGGCACUUAUCUCGUCCAUCCCUCAAGUGUGACUGUCCCUUUUAUCUGGAGUCCGUCUGGGCUAAGAUGUAUCCCUUCUAGAGAGCCCAUCACCUAACAGGAGGAUAAGUGGAAUCACAGGCUCAGGAAGGACCUGUCUCAACAGUGACCCUUAUGAGACCUAGUCUGCAAGUAAAGCAUGGGCCCAGGUGCCCAGCAUGAAGGGGUCAGUGAUUAUCUAGGUGGCCUUUUAGGUGACCACAGGGUAGAGUCAUUUGGGGUGUUUGUACCCCAUCUUGUCCUAGAAUAGAACCCUUUGCACAGAGGCUGGCAGCCUAGGACUGUUAAGUGUUGGCUCAUCCCUCUUAUUGGAAAAGACCUACCUAUCUGACAUCCCACUGUGAACUAGGCUUUUCCAGCAAGGUCUGUCCCUGAAGCACUGUCCUCUGUAACCAUGAGGACCCGAGUUCAAAUCCCCAACAUGCCUGUCACCCACCACUGCGUGACAGAGACAGGCAGAUCCUUGACAGAGAACAUGUUGGUACAGGUUGACCCCAGGGCCACCCAGGCCUCCCUCCUCCGAGCGUGCCCUCUUCGGGCAUCAGUUCGAGGCUGCCUGAGUGGUGGGGGGCAUCAGGCCUCCUCUCUCCUCUUGGGUCCUGCGAUGCUGAGUCAGAAACCUCCCCACCCAGACCCCAGCCACGGACUACCCAUCCCUCCUAACACUGGCAAUAAACUCAACUGUGACCCA